AUGAUGCGGUUCUACGAGCUUAUUCUCUCGUGCCUGCUGAUCUCAUCUAUUGGAGCGAGCACGUGGAAUGGCGCGUGGAAACGAGCGGAAAUGGUGGAGUCCCUACAAAGAACUGGAGGUGUUGAAGAACCCAAAUCCAGCAAUCCGAAAGGUAUCGCUGAAAUUUCCGACAGAUUCUUAAAAACCCAAGGCAAAUCUGAUGACGAUUCAGACGAUGAUAAGGACGACGACGAUGACGAUGAUUCAGACGAUGACAAGGAUUCUGAUGAUGAUAACGACGACUCGGACGACGACAACGAUGAUUCAUGCUAG